CCUCGCGGUUCCAUUUAAGGCCCCUCCCGCGCCCCACUCCGAGUACCGGAGCCGCUGCAGCCAAGUCCGGAUCCCACGCCGUGCGCCUCCGACGCCCGCCCGCUCGACGGUCACUCCCGGUUCCUUUAGGGUCUAAGUCCAAGAUGGCAACUCUCAAGGAUCAGCUGAUUCAGAAUCUUAUUAAGGAAGAACAUGUCCCCCAGAAUAAGAUUACAGUUGUUGGGGUUGGUGCUGUUGGCAUGGCCUGUGCCAUCAGUAUCUUAAUGAAGGACUUGGCAGAUGAAAUUGCUCUUGUUGAUGUCAUGGAAGAUAAACUGAAGGGAGAGAUGAUGGAUCUCCAACAUGGCAGCCUUUUCCUUAGAACACCAAAAAUUGUCUCUGGCAAAGACUAUAAUGUGACAGCAAACUCCAGGCUGGUUAUUAUCACAGCUGGGGCACGUCAGCAAGAGGGAGAGAGCCGUCUGAAUUUGGUCCAGCGUAAUGUGAACAUCUUUAAAUUCAUCAUUCCUAAUAUUGUAAAAUACAGCCCAAAUUGCAAGUUGCUUGUUGUUUCCAAUCCAGUCGAUAUUUUGACCUAUGUGGCUUGGAAGAUAAGCGGCUUUCCCAAAAACCGUGUUAUUGGAAGUGGUUGCAAUCUGGAUUCAGCUCGCUUCCGUUAUCUCAUGGGGGAGAGGCUGGGAGUUCACCCAUUAAGCUGCCAUGGGUGGAUCCUUGGGGAGCAUGGCGACUCUAGUGUGCCUGUAUGGAGUGGAGUGAAUGUUGCUGGUGUCUCCCUGAAGAAUUUACACCCUGAAUUAGGCACUGAUGCAGAUAAGGAACAGUGGAAAGCGGUUCACAAACAAGUGGUUGACAGUGCUUAUGAGGUGAUCAAACUGAAAGGCUACACAUCCUGGGCCAUUGGACUGUCAGUAGCCGAUUUGGCAGAAAGUAUAAUGAAGAAUCUUAGGCGGGUGCAUCCGAUUUCCACCAUGAUUAAGGGUCUCUAUGGAAUAAAAGAGGAUGUCUUCCUUAGUGUUCCUUGCAUCUUGGGACAGAAUGGAAUCUCAGACGUUGUGAAAGUGACUCUGACUCAUGAAGAAGAGGCCUGUUUGAAGAAGAGUGCAGAUACACUUUGGGGGAUCCAGAAAGAACUGCAGUUUUAAAGUCUUCUAAUGUUGUAUCACUUCACUGUCUAGACUACACAGGAUUUUAGUUGGAGGUUGUAACUCAAAUUGUCCUUUAUAUCUGAUCUGUGAUUAAAACAGUAAUGUUAAGACAGCCUAGGAAAAAAUCAAUUUCCUAAUGUUAGAAAUAGGAAUGGUUCAUAAAACCCUGCUGGAUGGCAAGGAAUGGUUCAUGAAACCUUGCAGCUGUACCCUGAUGCUGGAUGGCACCUUGUGUGGUCCUAAAUUGGUUUGUCAAAUAAUUCAACUUCCUCAAGAGGUACCACUGCCCAUGUUGCAGAUGCUACAUUUGCCCUUCAAACCAGAUGUGUAUUUACUGUGUAAUAUAACCUCUGGUUCCUUCAGCCAAGGUGCCUAGACCAACUUUUUUCCCUCCAGUUGAUCACUUCCUGGGAUCCAAUGUAUAAAUCCAGCAUUGCAUGCCAUGUGCAUAACUGUUCUAAAGAAUCUUAUGUACUGCAUGUAUCAGAAUACUGUACAUUGCCUUGUAAUGUAAAAAGGGAAAAUUACAUAAAUAAUGCAGCCAACUAAGUUACACCAACUAAAACAAUAAAUAAAGCUUGAACAGUGACUACUGUUAACUAA